AUGUCGUUUCUGUUCGACAAGGUCAAGGGCGCCGUCAAUGAGGUCGGAGACAAAAUCAGGGCUUCGACGUCGACUUCUGCGGAACAAACGCAUGCUCACACUCACCACUCCAACGAAUGCAGCGACAAUGAUAGCCACCAUUUGCAUCGCUACCAGUCCUUUGCACCACAGCGUGAAGGCAAUGAGGUGAAGUGGUACGUCGACGGCUGCAGCUACAUGCACGCCGUUUCGAUGGCACUGGAACACGCUCAGCACGAAAUCUUCAUUCUCGAUUGGUGGCUCUCUCCGGAGCUGUACCUGAGACGGCCGCCAGCUCAGAAUGAGCAGUAUAGACUUGACAAGCUUCUCUUUGCUGCGGCUGAGCGAGGCAUCAAGGUCUACAUUAUCGUCUAUAAGGAGGUCACGCAAGCUCUCACGCUUUCGAGUUCCCACACGAAGCAUCAUCUUGAGGAUCAGGACAAGACUGGCAAUAUCAAGGUCUUUCGUCAUCCUGAUCAUCUGCCGGAUAGGACGACGGUGGCUUCGAAUAUCAUUUCGAGUCUCAAGCAGAGCGGGUUGAACGCGGCGAAGCUGGCUCAGCUGCCUGGUGAUGCAAUCAAGGGCAUCUAUGGCAUGAAUGAUGGGACAGUACUCUACUGGGCGCAUCAUGAGAAGCUAUGCCUUGUUGAUGGACAUGUUGCCUUCAUGGGUGGACUUGAUCUGUGCUACGGUCGAUGGGAUACGAAUCAACACUCCAUUUCUGAUGUCCACCCGGGCGAUCUGAAGAAGAUUGUGUUCCCUGGUCAGGACUAUAACAAUGCAAGGAUCAUGGACUUCUCCGAUGUUCAGCACUGGGAGAACAAUAAGCUGGAUCGCAAAUACAACAGCCGCAUGGGUUGGAGUGACGUGGCGUUGUCAGCCAAAGGCCCCAUUGCUGAAGACCUUAAAGCCCAUUUCGUGCAGCGCUGGAAUUUUAUCUACUACGAGAAAUACGACGUUCGAAAGGAUGAGAGGUAUCAGCCUCUUGUGUACUCACCAAUGCGAGCUGGCAUCAUCGGACACCCGUACCAGCCUGCGCAAGAUGGACAAGGUGUUGAAGGCGAUGGCCAGUACCACGGCUUCCGAGAACGUAUGCGUCAGCAGUUUGAACAGGGUCGUGAACGUCUGCGAGAUGAACUAUCCAACACGCAACGUGACUUCCCUUCUGGGCCACUUGGAGGUGCACACUGCCAGAUCGCUCGAUCUUGCGCUAAGUGGAGCCAUGGUGUGGCUGUUGAGCAUAGCAUUGCCAAUGCUUACAUCCAAACCAUCAAGAACAGCGAGCAUUUUGUUUACAUGGAGAAUCAAUUCUUCAUCACGGCAACAUGCGACAAACAAGCGCCUGUGAAGAACCUCGUUGGAGCUGCGAUCGUCGAGCGGGUUCUUCGUGCGGCCAGGAAUGGGGAGAAUUGGCACAUGAUUGUGAAUAUUCCCUCCGUUCCUGCCUUCGCCGGUGACCUCAAGGCAGACGACGCACUAGGCACGAGAGCCAUCAUGGAGUUUCAGUACUUCAGCAUCAAUCGCGGUGGAAACAGCAUCAUGGAAAGCAUCGCACGAGAGGGUGUUGAUCCGAUGAAGUACAUUCGAUUCUACAAUCUGCGAAAUUAUGAUCGAAUCAACAUCAGCUCAGCUGUAACGAAGGUCGAGCAGCAAGCCGGAGUCUCCUACGACGAAGCACGACAAGGCCACGACCAGUACUACGCUGGCGAGUCACACGUCUCCGACAGCUACAACAGAUAUCAAGAAGCUGCUCAACAAGUGUACGGUCAGUCAUCGAGCGAUAUGGCGAGCGGGAGGUGGGACAGCGUUGCCGAAUGCUAUAUGCUCAACGGCCCUGAUAUCCGCUCUGUGCCAUGGGAGGGUGACAGCGAGGCUGAGAUGGACGCCUUCGUUAGCGAAGAGCUGUACAUCCACUCGAAGCUUCUCAUUGCUGAUGACAGGAUCGUGAUCUGUGGCAGUGCCAACAUGAACGACAGGUCCCAGCUCGGCUACCACGACAGCGAGAUUGUUAUGAUCAUCGAGGACCCGGUCGAGAUUCAGUCAUAUAUGGGUGGACAACCUUUCGUGGCUACGCGCUUUGCUGCGACCUUGAGAAGACAGAUCUUCCGCAAGCAUCUUGGUUUUUUGCCACCCCAAGACAUACAGAGACCAGACGCCAACUUUACUCCAGUUGGUGCCGGUGAGAAUCUCUACGACUUUGGAUCUCCAGAAGAUCUGGCUGUCGUCGAUCCCAUCUCCCAGGAGUUCGACCAUCUCUGGAAGACUACCGCGCGCACCAACACCGAAGCCUUUGCCAAAGUCUUCCACCCUGUCCCGGACGAUAAAGUACAGAACUGGAAGCAGUACGACGAGUACUACGAACGCUUCUUCAAAGCCGAAGAAGCUCAGAAGGAAGGCAAGGAUCUGCAGCGACCGAGUUCGUGGAAGUGGGGACAUGUCGUGAGAGAGGAGUUCUCGCCUGGUGAGCAAGGUGUAAAGGAGAUGAAAGAGGUGCUGAGUAGGGUCAAGGGCAAUCUUGUGGAGAUGCCGCUCUUGUUCUUGAAGGAUGAGGACAUUGCGAAGGAGGGGCUUGGGCUGAAUAAGUUGACGGAGGAGGUUUACACUUAG